AAGAUUGACUUUUCAACAGCGGGCAACGACUACAAUUUUGCCCAGUUCCGAAGCCGAGAGAGAGAGUUAUAUCCCACUGUGUCUAAUUAAUUGUUUAAUUGCUUAAUCGAUCGAUCACAGACUGAAAGAGGAGAAGAAGAAGCAGCAGCAGCAGCAGAAGUUGCCAAUCCGAUAGAAAGAGAAAAAUGGGAGCUUGUGUUUCGAGGCCGAAGGCCUGCACUUUUGGGUUUCCAAAGAAGAAGAAGAACGGCCGCCAAAGAAGAAUUAUUCGCAGGCGCGUUUCGUCUUCCGAUCGCUCGCACCCUAAGUCUGUUCUUACACUCCAAGGAAGUAUGGAUGCGGCGUGGUUUGAUGCAAACUCGGCGAUUGAGUCCGAGCGAGAUGACGAGUUUUAUAGUGUUCAUGAUGAUGUGGUGUCUCUAAAUGGGUCAGAAAGUGCAUCCACUUUGAGCAUUUCAUCGCCGAAAGGUCACAAUUUUUCUCGCCAGAGAACAAGGGAACCGCAACCACCAUUGCAUUCGACCUCUGCUGUGUCUGCAGAUGAAGUUGUGGAUGAGAGUGUUGGAGUGGACAAAAUGCAAGCGUUGGAGCAUUGUGGGAUUCUUCAAAAUGCUUGCUUGCCUUGUCUGGCUAGCCCCUCAGGUGACAAGAGAAUAAACCCAGCCACACCAAGUUUGAGGAGGAAAGUUCUUUCCUUUAAAUGGAGGGAAGGGCAUUCUGCUGCAGCUACAGCAGCUGAUCCUACACCCACAUUAUUAUCACCAAAGGCAUUUGUGAAAAGACCAAUUGCAGGUUCUACAAUUCCAUACUGCCCCAUUGAGAAGAGUAUGCCAGAUUGUUGGUCACCUCUUGAGCCAAACACAUUUAAAGUCAGGGGAAAAAAUUAUCUUAGGGAUAAAAAGAAAGAGCCUGCUCCAAAUUGCGCUGCAUUUUAUCCUUUUGCCGCUGAUAUUUUCUUAUCUCAGAGGAAGAUUGAUCAUAUUGCUCGUUUCGUGGAUCUUCCUGCUGUGAAUUCAGCUGAAGAUGUCCCUUCUAUUCUUGUUGUAAAUGUUCAGAUACCACUUUAUCCAGCCAAUUUUUUUCAAGGCGAAAGUGAUGGAGAAGGAAUGAAUUUAGUUAUGUACUAUAAGAUUUCUGAAAGUUUUUCAAAAGAGCUUCCGCCUCAUUUUCGAGAAAGUAUCAGUAGAUUAAUCAAUGAUGAAGUGGAGAGAGUGAGAGGAUUCCCUGUUGAUACAAUUGCACCCUUCAGGGAAAGAUUGAAAAUCUUAGGCCGAGUGGCAAAUUUGGAGGAUCUUCAUUUAAGUACAGCUGAGAAGAAGCUAAUGAAUGCUUACAAUGAAAAACCUGUUCUUUCACGUCCUCAACAUGAAUUUUACUUGGGAGAAAACUACUUCGAGAUUGAUUUGGAUAUGCACAGAUUCAGCUACAUCUCUAGAAAAGGCAUUGAAGCAUUUCACGAAAGAAUGAAGCUAUGCAUAUUGGAUUUUGGUCUCACAAUUCAGGGGAACAAGGCAGAAGACUUGCCAGAGCAUUUAUUAUGCUGUGUACGGUGGAAUAAAGUCGACUACAAUAAUAAAUCAUCAUCUGGGGUUUUGAGUCAAAAGUCUCUGUAAUCCCAACAAGAGCUUAAAUACUGAAGGAUCUUAAAACAAUGAAGAACAGAUAAACAAGUUAACUUCAACUAUGAAGAACUCAUAAACAAGUUAACUUCAACCAAACCACGGGUUUCUUGGACGCUAAAAUUCGUCUUCUGAAGUCUCAAAUUGUGACGUUUGAGCAUCUUUGAGUUAUUUGUAUAUAUCCUCUUAAAUGUAAAGUUUUGGCAGGAAGAGUAAAAUAAAGAGAAUAAAUUUUUUAUUUGUA